UCCGCGGGAUGCUCUUGUCCUCCGAAAUCAAUAGGGUCAGGACCUCCCUGAGGCCAAGUUUGACGCAGAUUUAAAGAAGGGCAAGCUAAUACAGCUGUUUUCUGUGGAUCAGUGAAGAAGGAUGAGCCAAUCACCAUACCCCCCAUCAGGAGGAGGCUACCAAGGGCAAUCAACGUAUCCAGGUUACCCACCUCAGCAACAGCCAGGUUAUGGACCUCCCCAACAACAAGGAAGUUAUGGACCUCCUCAACAACAGCCAGGUUAUGGAGCUCCCCAACAGCAAGGAAGUUAUGGACCUCCCCAACAAGGUUACGCACCACCUCAACAGCAACCAGGGUAUGGCCCUCCUCAGCAACAACCAGGCCACCCGCCAUUGCAGGGUCAGCACCAGUAUGAUGGUGCACCACCCCAACAACAACAGGGGUAUGGAGGUGCACCUAACCAGCAGCAGGUUUUCACUCCUCUUACAGGUGAAGCACAAACCCCAAGUUAUGUUGGCUCAGAUAUUCCUGAUCAAGAUGUAGAUGACAAUGAGAAUGCCGCACCCCCUCCCCCAAGUGCCCCUCCAGCUGAAAUGUUCGGAAAGUUUGCUGGAUAUGAGUCUGUUAGCUUUGGCACAGAAUAUCUUCCCCCUCCACCAGCAUAUGAACCUCCAGCACAGCAGCAAACACCAGAGCAGAUUUUCCAACAGGCCACAGCUAUCUCCGAAGAUCAGGCAAGAGAUGCACUGCUUGCAUUUGUAGCUGAGAAUUGUUGCUAUGGCAAAAAAGCUGCCAAGGACAUGGACAUCAAAGACAUAGCUCAAUCCAGUGCAUACCAUUAUCACUUGAAUAGUUUUUGUGAAUCAAGAUCCACAGCUUGGAAGCAUGAACCUUACCGAGGUCAGAUGAUCGAUGGUCCUCAGAAUGGCCCUGCGCCACCACCAUGGAGCAUUCCUGCUCAACCACAUCAGAUAUUUACACCUCAGGUAGUGAACAUUGAGGUGCCCCAUACUGCAUCAGUUAAGCCUUGCCAUGACUGCAUGGCCACAGGCUACAAACGCUGUUACAGAUGCUAUGGAAGGGGAAUGGUUCGUUGUUCAUGGUGUCAAGGUUCUGGUCGCCGUACCGAAUACCGUGAUGGGAAUUCACAUAGAGUCAGAUGCACGUGGUGUCAUGGAAGUGGAAGGAGAAUAUGUAACACGUGUGAUGGUAAUGGGCGUGUGAUGUGCUGGACAUGUCAAGGGGCAGCGCAGCUCAAGUUGUUCAUUCAGCUUACGAUCACGUGGGAAUGUCACAUCGAUAACCACGUGACGGAGAGAACAGAUCUACCGGAUCAACUUAUACUAGAGUCUCAGGGAACGGAAAUUUUUACUCAAGAACUUCCACGGGUUUAUCCUGUCACAGCCUUUCAUGAUCAAGAUGUGAAUAAUGGCUCGCAGCGACUUGUCGAAGCUCAUUCGCGGAACUGGCCUACAAAGCGAAUCCUUAUGCAGCGUCAAACUCUAAGAGCGGUACCAGUUUCCGAGGUGAAAUAUGAAUGGAAAGACACUGAUACUCGCUACUGGGUGUACGGGUUGGAUCACAAAGUACAUGCCCCAGACUACCCCCAAAAGUGUUGUUGGGGCUGCGCCAUACUUUAAAGAAAUGAACAGAAGAGAGGUUAAGGAACAAGGACAAACAAAUUUCAAUGCAAACUAUCUAUGAUGUGAAAUAGUUAGACGUCAGGUUUCUCUACAUUUUGCGAUGGGAAUUAAAAAAUGAUUUUACUUGCUUGA